AUGUCUAACGCUCAGCAACGUCUGAACCAGGUUUCCUCUCACUUCGGCCCUGGUGGCAAGAAGGGAGCUGCCGCCCUCACCGAGAAACACCCUGAUGAUAUUGUCGUGACAUGUGCCCUGCGCACUGCCCUCACCAAGGGUGGCAAGGGUGGAUUCAAGGACACCGCUGCGGCUGAUCUUCUUGCCGGUGUCUUCAAGGCUGUUCUGAACAAGAGCGGUCUUGACCCUAAGGCCGUUGAGGACAUUGCCGUUGGCUCCGUCCUUGCCCCCGGUGGUGGUGCUACCGAGUUCCGCGCUGCUGCUCUUGUGGCUGGAUUCCCCGAGACCACCGCCGUCAAGAGCUUGAACCGUCAGUGCUCCAGCGGUCUCCAGGCUAUCGCCGAUAUCGCCAACGGCAUCCAGUCCGGUAUGAUCGAGGUCGGUAUUGGUGCUGGUGUCGAGAGCAUGUCCUCUCAGUACGGACCUGGUGCCGUUACUGAGUUCUCCGACCUCCUUGAGAGCCACCCCGAGUCUGCCAACUGCAAGGUUCCCAUGGGUGUCCUGUCCGAGAACAUGGCCAAGGACCGUGGCGUCACUCGCGCCGCGCAGGACUCUUUCGCCGCCAACUCAUACCAGAAGGCUGUUGCAGCUCAAAAGGCUGGUCUUUUCAAUGAGGAGAUCGCCCCUCUAGACGUGAAGUGGACCGACCCCAAGACCGGCGAGGAGAAGACCAUCACCGUCAAGGCUGACGAUGGUGUCCGUGAGGGCAUCACCGCCGAGUCCCUCGGCAAGAUCAAGCCUGCCUUCGCCAAGGACGGCUCCAUCCACGCCGGUAACGCCUCUCAGAUCUCCGACGGUGCCGCUGCCGUCCUCCUUAUGAAGCGCUCCACUGCUGAGCGUCUGGGCCAGAAGAUUAUUGGCAAGUACGUCGCCGCCAGCAUUGUCGGUGUCAAGCCCCUUCUCAUGGGUGUUGGCCCCUGGAAGGCCAUUCCCGUUGCUUUGGAGAAGGCCGGCAUCACCAAGGACGAUGUCGAUAUUUACGAGAUCAACGAGGCUUUCGCUUCCCAGUGUGUCUGGUGUGCCAAUGAGCUCGGCAUUCCUGCUGAGAAGAUUAACCCCAAGGGUGGUGCUAUUGCUUUCGGUCACCCUCUUGGAUGCACUGGUUCUCGCCAGGUCAGUACCUUGCUUACCGAGCUGAAGCGCACAAACAAGAAGAUUGGUGUUACCAGCAUGUGUGUCGGUACUGGUAUGGGUAUGGCCGCUGUCUGGGUUUCAGAAUAG